AUCGCUGUAGCACUUAGUAGUAUCGGGCGGCCCGGUGUGUCGAGUGUCACCGUGACCAGGGGGCUCCUCGCGGCGACGACACGCGUGUUCGGCGACACAGACACAGCGACACGCGGCGACAAACGCGGGCGGCGGUGCGGCGAUACGCGCGGCGGGGACGCGAAAGAGACGCGAAAGGAACGGUUGUCGCGGACGCGAUUUUCUUCCUCGCGAGGGAGGCGGGCCGGGGACCGUCAGGAGCACGCCAUCCUCGAGCUCGAGCAGCAGGCCGUCAUCAUGGUCUCCGCGUCGUGACGCGCGGCCCGCGCCGGCCUCACGACACGCGCGCCACCAGGCCCGCGGCCCGCACCAGCACGCCGGCCGCAUCGGCCGCAUCGGCCACCCGGAGGGCCCGGACGCCAUGGACUACAGGCCGGUGCCGCAGCGCGAGCGGGACGGCGAGGGCGGCGGCGGCGGCGGCGACGGCGGCGACGGCCCCGAGCUCACGGAGCACAGCCUGCUGAGACAAUACGACGGCCAUGUGAAUCACAAAGGGUCGAACGGCCGACAGUGUCGCCCUUCGACGGAGAUCGAGCUGGGCGAUGUGAAGAACGCCAAGUCGGCUCUGCCCGGGGAGGUAGAGAAGGGCAACUUUGAGAAGGCCGACUUCGAGAAGGCCAUCGAACUUACAGGCUAUGGCCGCUUCCACUACUUCCUGCUCAUGGUGUGCGGGUUCGUCUCCACCAGCGAGGAGAUGGACGUCAUCUCCAUGUCGUUCAUCCUCCCCUCGGCGCAGUGCGACCUGCACCUCAGCACCCACACCAAGGGCUGGCUCAACAGCAUCAUCUUCAUCGGGAUGAUGGCCGGCGCGUACGCCUGGGGCUCUGUGGCCGACUCGCUGGGCAGGAAGAAGGUCCUCAUCGUCAUUUCCUUCAUGAACGCCGUGUGCAUCGUGGCGUCCAGCUUCUCCCAGUCAUACGAACUAUUUAUGCUCUUCAGAUUCCUCAACGGGGCCGCUCUCGGCGGCAGUGGCCCAGUGAUCUGGUCCUACUUUGCCGAGUUCCAGCCGAAGCAAAAGAGAGGCUCCAUGCUCAGCUUUAUGGCGGCCUUCUGGACGCUCGGCAACCUGUUCGUGGCGAGCUUGGCCUGGCUCAUCAUCCCCAGCGGCAUCGGCUACCACUCGCCCACGUUCCUCUACAACUCGUGGCGCAUCUUCCUGCUGCUGUGCUCCGUGCCCAGCUUCCUGGUGGCGGGUCUGCUCUGCUUCCUGCCGGAGAGCCCCAAGUUCCUCCUCACGCAGGGCCACAGCGACCAGGCCAUGGAGAUCUUCCAGCACAUAUACGCGACCAACACGGGCAACCGGCCCGAGGACUACCCGGUAAGCGAGGUCUCCAGUUCACAGGUCAGGGCGCACGCCCAGAAUCCUGUCACUUUACUCCACGUAAUAGAGGGCCUAUAAACGUAUGAAGGGUCGGUGCCGCUAUGUCACUCGUUUUUUGACGCAUCCCUAUCGUUGAGUGCACGUCUGCCGUCUCCACCGGCCCCCUCCAGUCGCCCUGUCCU